AUGUCUGCUGCAUCAGACCUGUCCUCCGAACUCGACAUCCAGCACACACCCUCCGCACAGUCGCAUAUCCAGAGUCUGCUCUACGCCGGCUGCCAUUCGCCCAGCUCGCGCCAAAGCCCAUCGGCCAACGCUCGACAGAACACACUUGACGGGAACGCGGCCCUCGACACAGCCCCCGACGAACUGCUCUCCACCCAUCAUGGCCAGAUGCCCAGCAGCUUCGCAACCUUGUUGGCCCUCCACAACGCGCUCGAGAAGGCCCUGCUCCUCCAUCUCGCAACACAGGGCGCGAAUGCUGCAAUGACCGUCGUCAAUCCCACCCAGCCGGCCGGUCCCCCUCCAACAACCGCCCCACGGUCUCCCUCCCGACCCGACGAACGGAUGAAAACGCCCGAGCCAGACCCACGCCGCUCCCGGAGAGCGACGACCCCUGAGCAAGAGGAAGAAGACAUGGUCAAGACGUUCAGGCUCGAAAGCUUGGUCUCCUGGCCGGUCAUCAAGCCGAUCGUCGAGCGCGGAUCGGGGAAACACUUCGGCGAGCGAGAACUCGCUCAGCUUCUAUGGCUCUGGCAAAACGACCCCGAUGACCAGCCUGAUAACGAGCGGGAAGACAGACAGACCCGGAAGAGGAAGCCGAGCGCCACCCCGGAUCUCGACGAGCAGCCCCUGGAGCGUAGUAGUAGUCGGAGUACCCACCCGGACCAGCUGGGAGAAGCCAAAGAGCAGGUAGGCAUGGGCUUCAUCAUCUCGCGUGUGCGCUCGCUAGACCCAUCGGGGGGCAUGGAGCAGAAGCGGCUACGGUACACGUACGGGCUGGGGCUGGAGAUCAAGGCGCGGGAGAACCGGCCGAUGCCGAGCUACUCGCUGCAGUCGCCAGGCAAGACCAACGAGUUCCUCGAGUCGCCCUCGGCGGCGGAGAGCCGGCCCCGGAAGAGCCCGAGCAGGAUCAAGGCCAAAGACGUGAUGAAUCUGGUGGCCUUGUGGAGCAGCAAGUCGGUCGAUCGCAGGGCGGAGGUCGCCCGAAGGCUGCGCGCCUAUUGGCUCGCCCGCUCCACCACCGCCGAUCACAACCCUCGAGCUACUCACACUCCCUCCGCCCUCCAACGGAUCUCCGUCCCCCUAGGAGUCCUCCCCAAGCUCGACCAGGCCACCCAGACCCACCCCACCCAUCCCUUCACCCGCCCCGCCUCAGCCUCAACAUCCCCUCAUCCCCGCUCCGACCUCAAACGCCAUCGACUCGACCUCACUCAAAACUCCCAUUCCCCUAAACGCCCCAAAGCCCACGCCCACUCUCGCCGCCUCCCCUCCUCAUCUACCCCCAUAGACAGCCUCAACGCUGCUGCUGCUCCUCCCUCUUCGCUCUCCCAACCUGGCUCUGGCUCGGUCCAACACAGGGCUUUGAGCUUGCUCGAACGCAUUAAAGCUAAAGAAGACAAACAGGCAGCGCUCAUCCACCAGCAAUCCAUGGCCAAAUAA